AUGCCAUGCAUAUCACCUUUGUGUUGGACAGAGCCAGAUGAGCAUGUCACUAUUGGACCUCAAAUUAUCGCUAGUACCACUGAGAAGAUCAAAGACAUCCAAGAGAGACUUAAGGUUGUUCAAAGUCAUCAGAAGGGUUAUGUCGAUGUUCACCGGCAAGAAGUUGAGUUUGAGGUUGGUGACUAUGUCUUCUUGAAAGUUACUCCUAUGCGUGGUGUGACGAGAUUUGGAGUGAAGGACCCAUUGCACAUCAUUGAGUAUGAGGCUAUCCCUCUUCAAGAGGAUGUGACAUAUGAAGAACAACCUAUCAGAAUCCUAGUGAAAGAGUUAAAGGUGCUAAGGAAUAGAGAGAUUCUAGAAGUCAAUGUCUUCUAG